GUGCGCUGCCACGUGGGGCCGAAAGGCUCCGAGGGGCCUGGAGGGGCCGAGGGGUUCCUCACAACCCACGCCGCAGCCGUGUGAUGCGAAUAUAGGCACGGAUGACGUGUGACGGAGGGGGAAACACCGCUCCCCGCUGCCGGGCACCACUACCUCCGAACACUCUCAAAGCCCAGAAUUUCAGCUUCAGCCUUUCCAGCGGUUGUGGCGUGCUGCAAACCACUGGGGCGGGCAUCCGCCGGGCCGUGUCGCUCCUCAACGCCGUGGACUCGGGCCGGUUCCCGCGGCUCCUCUCCCGCCUUCUUCAAAAGCUGCACCUGAAGGUUGAAAGUAGCUUCAGUGAAGAGGAGGAAGAAAAGCUACAAAUAGCUUUUUCGUUGGAAAAGCAGGAUCUUCAUCUAGUUCUUGAAACUAUAUCAUUCAUUUUGGAACAGGCAGUCUAUCAUAAUUUGAAGCCCGCUUCAUUGCAACAACAGCUGCAAAACAUUCACCUGGAUCAAGACAAAGCUGAAGCAUUUGCUAGUGCAUGGGCAGCUGCUGGUCAAGAUACGAUUGAAAAGUUCAGGCAGAGGGUUUUGACUCCUCAGAAGCUUGAAACAAUAGGAUGGCAGCUUAAUCUUCAAAUGGCAGAGUCUGUGCAAGCGAAGCUGAAGUCUCCCCAAGCUGUGUUAGAGCUGGGAGUGAGCAAUGAAGAUUCAAAGAACCUGAAGAAAGUGUUUGUAGAAUUUAGUCAUCAGGAGCUGUUUGAGUUCUAUAACAAGCUGGAAACUAUACAAGCACAGCUGGAUUCCCUUACGUGAUGUUUUUGAAGACUGAUUUCUCCAUCACACUCCUGCCACCUCAUUAUUUUGAAUUGAAGAUAGAUUGCCAAGCUGUGUUUGCUGAAGGAUUCAGUGGGUUGCUUCCUGUAAAAUUAUAUGGCUUAUCUCCUUUUUAGACCAGUAACGUUAGCCAAGAGUCUUUGUUAAGAGCCUGAAGAUUCUAAUGGACUUUCUCUUGUUUUCUGAGCAAUUGUAAUUAAUGGCUUUACUUGCACAACAACAACAAAGAAGAAUGCUACCCUGAAGUUUUUUCAGUUUUGGUUGGGUUUCUUCCACUGUUAUGUGUGUAACUUGAUUCUGGUAGAAAUUUGCAUACACUGAGGGACCAGGAAUAAAAUCGGUUUUUUAGACAUAAAAUGAAUAUAAAUGUAGUAAGAAAAUACACAGCUAAUAAAACCUCUGUCCUUUCGAAUUGUGUUUCACAUGAUUGAUAAUACUUACUGCAAAUUUGUCAAAAUAAAUUCAGAAUUUAAAAAUGGUUUGGUUUAGUUUAGUUUGGGCUAUUUUAACUUUGUUUCAUUAUCUUUGGAUUUUGGUUUUUGGUUUUUUUUUUUCUUCUAAAUAAUCAACAGUGUCACUGAUUUCAGUGUUUACUUUCAGCACUGAGAAUAAAUACAGCUUAUUAGUACUGUAUGCAUACCAAUGAAGCUAAGUAGUAUGGUGUAUACUGGGGGGAGAAAUCUCAGAGUGUGUAACAAAGAACACUGAAACAGUCUGACAACCAGAUUUCUGAAAGCUAUUUGUUGAUUGUUUGUAACGUUGUCCACCACCAUUUUUACAUUGAACAGGAAAAAGUAAAGUUCAGUGACUUAAAGGCCAAGUUAGUCAUAUCUUCACACAUUAGUUCCAGAUGGAUGGAGGGUUAUGAGCAGCAUGAGAAGGUAGUAGUCAUCUUAGUUUUUGUUUGUUGCCAUUCACUGACAGGCAGCUUCAUUGCUGCACCUUGAUAAUGGGCACGGUAUACAACUCUACUCCUAGCUAAUGGAAGGUGAGAGGGAAUAAAUAUCUUUGUCAUUAGCUUGUCUUUCUUCCUCAUUAAGGGGUUCCCUGAACAAGGUUUUUUUAUUCCAGAGGCCUAAAACAGGGAUGGUUAAAUACCAACCAGCCCAUUUUCUUUUCAGAUUUGUUUGCCUGGAACACAAGUAUAGCCAAAAGGUAUGUUUUGAAUAGCUGGUGUUUAGGUCCUCUUCUGCCAGAUAUCUUGCUUUGUUGCUUUUGGAGGGUUGUUUUGGACUUUUUCUUUUGCUUUAUUAGGACUUAUGCUGUCACUUCCAGAAUCCUGAAGGGGUUUGCACCAGUUAUCUAAGCUGUGAGGUAACAGAUGUAGAAGAUAAAGUCAUUAACUACCUACAUGUGAGUAAAGGGCACUGAAGAGAAAAAACACAUUUAUCAUAGUUCUUAACUGAAAUGCCAGACAAUACUGUACCACUCUGGUAAGGUAACACUGUUACCCUGUUGAAAAGGAGAAAUGAGUCACUGUUGCGUGGCAGUGUCCUACCCUGUAUACCUUGUGAGGCUGGCUGCCAAAAUCAAGUCUUGUUUCAAGCCACUGGCAAAUGUGCAUUAUUGUCUGCGGAUAUAACACUUGCACCCACAGACAUCACGUCCUCAGCCAGGCUAUUCAGCAGCAGCUUGCUGGCUCACUCAUUUCAGGCUGUAUAGGUUGGUGUGUGUCUGCAGGUGAGCACGUACCCACCAUUCCCUCUGCCUGCUGGCAUUAGCAGUGCUUUGUAGUUAGCACAGCUAGGAAAAUCCCCUUCUUCACACUGAAGUCCUGGCUUCUGUGCUGGUCCUGUGGGACAAUAUAUCUUGUGCUAGGACACUGCUUUCCCCAAGUUUCCAGGUCGUAAGUUCUGGAACUCAGGUGUGAAGUGAGUUGAAAACUCUCCUGUGUGGAUGCAGGACAUACUAAGGCAGUUGUCCGAGUCUGAGAGAGGGGGUUACGUUAUCUUUGUGAAUAUAGGCAGUGAUUGAUGAAUCCUGGAGGAGGAGCUGAAGGAGGAGUGCAAGAAGCAUUGGACAAAUUAGCAGGUACAUCUGAACAAAAAGGAGAAAACAAAGUCAGAGCAGGAAGAAAUUGGGUAUGGGAAAAAGGAAGGAGAGGACAGAGUAAUGGAUAUUCCCAAGGGUGGAGUUUUGGAGUUGGAAAACUAUAAGGAAGAGGGGAGGAACCCUGGAAAAGACAGCAAAAAUAUAUAUGCAAAGAAAAUAUUAGGCAAAGGGGUAGAAAAACCUUAUAUAGUACAGGAAUGGGAAGAAAAUUGGGGAAACAAAGUAAACCAGAGUUAACUCUGAAAACUGUGGCCAGUUGUGUAACUGUAUCUAGUAUUUUGAAUUAAUCCAUAAGUGUCAGCCUUGGUGCAAAAUUGGCCAAAAUCAAAUAGAAGUGUGGGUUACAAAAAAAAAGAGGAUUUUAAAUCUAGCUUUAGUAGGAAAUAUUUUAAAAGUGAUAAAAUAUAUGUUAAAGGGAAAAAAUAGAAAAAAACCAAAGCCUAAGACUGUAAAGAUUAUGUAAAAUUUAUCAAGUGUUCAUCCUUGUUUGCAGAUGAAUGGAGAGAUUUAUGAUUUCUUUAGCAGUGGUUGCCUUUUACUUUUUGCUAAAUGUACUGAAUUUCUUACUGUCAGAAGCCAUAAUAAAAGCCGUAAUAUACCUCA